AAAGGCGGAGACCAACCCCACAAGGGCCGGAACGCAUACUGUAGAUGCAGAUUGCUGCGGCAUUGUGGAUAUCCUCUGCUCCUCUCUCGUGCCACGAUGACAUCGUCGUAAACUCUCCACGUCUCUACCGGCUCCUACUGGGCGCAACACUACCCCUUUGCAGCGGAGAAGCAUUUACCAAGCGACCAGCAUGACGAGGGAGGAUGACGAAGCCUGGCUGGACAAGUGUGAAACUUUGAACUCCAGUCGACCCUCGGCAGGGAUAGCAAAGGCGGCAGGGCAUCUCGAGAUCCUGGGGAACGGGCACGGGCCCGUCAAGGGAGGGGACAGCCACGACAGCCCCAGCCGAAACUUUGUCCAUCAACGCAAGAAGCUAGGAGAUGCGGGCAAAUCAUCAACUCCAGUUGAUGAUUCAUCAUAUUGCUGCCCCACAGAAAAAGGCAGCGUGGCCCUCAACGCCUCGUGUCUCAUCGUUUGCGGCGCAGUUGGCCGAGCUCGUAUGUGCUCCGUACUCAGGGAACAGAACGUGCGGAGAACUGUCAGCAUGGGGCGUCGUCAACCCAUGGACAAGGUAGAAGAUCCGGACGGUCCACACCAUGAUCCACAUCUCCAAAAGCCCAACAACCGCACCACAUUAUGCAUCUUGCAUACAAAGCGGGACAGAGUUGCCGUCUGGGACUUUUUCCUCAACAAAGCAUGGUCCAGUGGCUGCUGUACAGAUGAUCUGUGCAGGUGGACUCCCGGAUUCAAUGUGCCGGCCGGUCGCAAGAGUCGGCGAGCUGAAAAGAAAUAACAAGCAGAAUUGAUGGGAUCAUAGACUCUCAUUGGCGUCCAUCGAUAGCGUUCCUCAGGAAGCUAGUUCACAAUAGCCUCGCUAUGGGAUCGUGAUGUGUCUCAAGGGCUCAACAAAACAAGGCCAGGUGGAAGCCUAAUCAGUGGCGCGAACGUGCAGCUGGAUGCACUGCAGCAAUGCAGUAUGAAGUCCGCGACUUCCUUCUCGCUGUGGUCCGGCAGCUCCCGAGCAGUCGCGA